AUGGCUGAUGCCCAGACACAGGUGGCCCCUGCAACAACCAUCCCGAUGCCGAGCACAGAGGACCUGCCCCUGCCACCACCCCCAUCCAAGGAGUCCUUCUCCAAGUUCCACCAGCAGCGACAGGCCAGCGAGUUACGCCGUCUCUACAAGCACAUCCACCCUGAGCUCCGCAAGAACCUGGCUGAGGCCGUGGAGGAGGAUCUGGCUGAGGUCCUGAGCUCUGAAGAGCCCACGGAGGGUGACGUGCAGUGCAUGCGCUGGAUCUUUGAGAACUGGCGUCUGGAUGCCAUUGGGGACCGUGAGAAGCCAGCUGCCAAGGAGCCCGUGCCAGGUGGUGAUGUCCAGGCCACCUCCCGCAAGUUUGAGGAAGGAUCCUUUGCCAACAGCAUAGACCAGGAGGACCCUGCUGGUCCCCGGGCCUCAGGAGGGGAUGUUCGUGCAGCCCGCUGGUUGUUUGAGACCAAGUCACUCGAUGAGCUGACGGGCCAAGAGGAGCCACCGGAGGCUCCAGUGAAGGAACCUGCAGCCAGCGGAGAUGUCCAGGGCACUAGGAUGCUCUUUGAGACCCGGCCACUGGACCGCCUGGGCUCCCGCCCCUCCAUCCAAGAGCAGAGCCCCCUGGAGCUACGCUCUGAGAUCCAGGAGCUGAAGGGCGAUGUGAAGAAGACAGUGAAGCUAUUCCAGACGGAACCUCUGUGUGCCAUUCAGGAUGCAGAGGGCGCCAUCCAUGAGAUCAAGGCUGCGUGCCGCGAGGAGAUCCACAGCAAUGCGGUGAGGUCUGCCCGCUGGCUCUUUGAGACCAAACCUUUAGACGCCAUUAACCGUGACCCCAGCCAGGUGCGGGUAAUUCGGGGUAUCUCCCUGGAGGAGGAAGCUCGGCCUGAUGUCAGCGCAACUCGCUGGAUCUUUGAGACACAGCCCCUGGAUGCCAUCAGGGAAAUCAUUGUGGAUGAGAAAGACUUCCAGCCAUCUCCAGAUCUUAUUCCUCCUGGCCCAGAUGUUCAACAGCAGCGGCAUCUGUUUGAGACUCGAGCUUUGGACACUCUGAAGGGGGAAGAGGAGGCUGGAACAGAGGCCCCACCCAAGGAGGAGGUGGUCCCUGGAGACGUCCGCUCCACCCUAUGGCUGUUUGAGAUGAAGCCCCAGAAUGCUCCUAGAGACAGUGUCCAAGUGGGUCACCUGCAGCGGGUGGAUGCCCAGGACAGUGGGUGUCUAUCUAGUGGUGGCUCCUCAGCACUGCCCCUCUCUCAGAAUGCCUCUGAGAGAGACAAGCUGAAGGGGGACGUGAAGACCUUCAAGAACCUUUUUGAGACCCUUCCCUUGGACAGUAUCAGGCAGGAUGAGCCUGCAGCCUCUGGGAGCAUGAACAGGACAGAGGGGACUGAUUCCUCUGGGCAGCCCCAAAGCACAGGGUCCCCAGUGUAUGCGAUGCAGGAUGGCAAGGGCCAACUCCAUGCCCUGACAUCUGUCAGCAGAGAGCAGGUAGUUGGGGGCGAUGUGAAGGGUUAUAGGUGGAUGUUCGAGACACAGCCCCUAGACCAACUGGGUCGACACCCAAGUACCGUGGAUGUGGUGCGGGGCAUCACUCAACAGGACGUGGUGGCCGGGGACGUGAGCACCACUAGGUGGCUCUUUGAAACCCAGCCCCUAGAGGUGAUCCACCAGCGAGAGCAACAGGAGCGAGAGGAAAAAGAGGACAAAGAUCAGAGAGGUACCCAGCCUGAGGCCCUGCCAAAGGGCGACGUGCAGACCAUCAAGUGGUUAUUUGAGACAUGCCCAAUGAGCGAGCUGGCAGAGAAGCAGGGGUCAGAGGUAACAGAUCCCACAACCAAGUCAGAGGUCCGGUCCUGCACCUGGAUGUUUGAGCCUCAAUCCCUGCACAGACCAGAGGGCUCCAGGGAGCAGCACCUACGAGUUGGCCAGGUCCAGGCAGGGGAAAGACAGACAGAUGGACAUGUGUUUGAGACUGAGCCUAUGCAGGCCUCAGACCACCCCUGCAGGAGAGGGCCGAUACGAUACUGCAGCCGAGUAGAGAUUCCUUCUGGGCAAGUGUCUCGUCAGAAGGAGGUUUUCCAAGCCUUAGAGGCAGGCAAGAGAGAAGACCAGGGAUCCAGGGUAGUUCCUGGGCCCAUCCCUGGGGGCGCUGUGAACAAGUUCACAUGGCUGUUUGAGAAUUGUCCCAUGGACUCACUAGCAGCCAAAAGCAUCCGAGGGGGUGACCUCCAGGAGGGGCAGCAGCCGGUGGGCCCUUCAGGCAACGGGCUACUGGAGAGGCAGGAGACUGCCACUGAAGGAACCCUUCGGACUCUGCAUGCCACGCCUGGCAUCCUGCACCAUGGGGGCAUCCUCAUGGAGGUCCGAGGGCCUGGGGAGCUCUGCCUUGCCAAGUAUGUGCUCCCGGGCACAGGGUCAGGGCGCCCCCACAUUCGGAAAGAGGAGCUGGUGUUUGGCGAGCUUCCCAGAAUCGUUCGCCAAGUGCUUUGCCGGCCAGACGUGGACCAGCAGGGACUGCUGGUACAGGAGGACCCCGCAGGCCAGCUCCGACUCACGCCUCUUAGGUUGCCAGCGCCAGGCAGCUGCAGGAGCAUGGAGGACCUGGACCCCGAGCUCCAGCAGGUGCUGGCGUGUGGCCUCACACCCUCCGUGGUGAGGACUGGCCUGGUGAUGCAGGAGACUGAACAGGGCCUAGUAGCUCUGACCGCCUAUUCCCUCCAGCCCCGGCCAGUCAGUAGGGCCCCCGAGAGGAGCAGCGUGCAGCUGUUGGCCAGCUGCAUAGACAAAGGGGACCUGAGUAGCCUGCAGAGUCUGCGGUGGGAGCCGCCGACUGACCCAAGUCCAGUGCCAGGCAACGAGGGGGCCCAGAAGCUGCCCCUGACGGAGCACAUCAUCCAUGUGCCUCCCCUGGAUCCUAGCCUGGGAUUAGGACAUCUUCAAGGUCCCCCACCACCAGCUGGAAACACAGUCCCUCUGCCUGGGGACACUGCAGCUGCAGCCCGCUUACAGGGAAUGGAAAAGCAGGAAGAAGGUCGCACUGGACAGAAAGUUGGGAAGGGAGCCAUGACCGUGUCCCAGGACCCUGGAGCCCCAGACCUCCAGGCUGCCAUGCAGAGUCUGCGGAUUGCAACAGCCGAGGCUCAGAGUCUGCACCAGCACGUUCUGAACAAGCACAAGCAGAGCCUGGGCCCUGGGGCUACCUCCUCACCCUUCCAGAAUGGUCUUCCACAAGCACCAGCCGUAACCCCUGGGGCUGCCCACAGCAACGCCAGGCCUGUGGCUGGAGGUGACCCCAAGAUGCCAGCAGCCCCCAGAAAGGUCAGUGGGGAACCAAAAGCACUGCCCAGAGGGCUGCCUGGGGGGCGGGUGACUGCUGCAGGCGUCUACUCUGCGCACCCAGUGAGGACCUUUGACACAUCCAGGGGUGUCCAACCUCCCAAAGGGGAACCCCAGCCAAGGGACAAGGACACUGCCCUCCCAGUUCAGACUCCUACCCCACACCAGGGAGACCUGGGCCAGAGUCUCCAACCAGAGCCUGGGGACGGCACACAGAGUGCCCGGGGGCCUCCAGGGAAGGCGAUGGCAGACGUGAGCCCGGGGAGCCUCCACGCUGCAGAGAUCACCCUGAAAGCUGCCCCUUUAGCCCACCACACUCUGGCCUCUGGGCCUCAGGCUGCAGGUGCCAGCCUGCACUCCCAUAAUGCCUCUGUUCCUCCUCCUCCUCCUCUCCCAGCUGUUGUGACAGGACUCGACUUCCCAGCCAGAACUCACCACCAAGACAACUCCAUCCAGCAAGCCUCCAAGCCCCUACAAGAACCCCUUCUCCACUCCCAUAGCAGCAGUGAUGGCCAGAGAACCCCCGAAGGGUCACAGAAAAAGAUGGCUCCCCCAAGAAAGAAACCCCAACUGCCCCCCAAACCUGCCCACCUAUCCCUUAUCCAUCCUCCUCGGAGGCUGCCCAAGCCCCUAGCUCCGUCUCCCGGAUCCUCCUUAGAGGUGGGGCCAGGAGAACAUAAACAAGGUGAGAAAGAUAUGGCCAUCCUUAAGAACAAGGGUGCUACUGCUGCAGGUGAGGCUGGCCCCCAACAUGUCCUCAACACCAUGGGCCCCAAGCCCCCCGAGAGCCAAGCUGUGGGCAGCAAUGUCCAGAGUCCUGAGCUCCUCAAAAUCAAAGCUCCCAGCAGUGACCCCACCUCACCACAGCGGGACCCCAACCCCCCACAAAAGCCACCCCAGGAAGGUUCCCAGCUGGUGGUCCCUGGGAGCCUGGAGACACAGGGCAGCCAACAAGAGCUCCAGGGCCUUCUCAGCCAAGUGCAAGCCCUGGAGAAAGAGGCUGUCAGCAGGGUGGACAUGCAGGCACUGCGGAAGCUCUUUGAGGCUGUGCCUGAGCUGAGAGGAGCUGCCCUUCACAUGCCUGCCGUUCCCCACAAGACCGAGGCCUCAGUAGAACAGGCCUUUGGAGAGCUGACACGGGUCAGCACGGAAGUUGCCCGGUUGAAAGAACAGACCCUGGCCAGGCUGCUGGACAUAGAGGAAGCUGUUCACAAAGCCCUCAGCUCCAUGUCUAAUCUUCAACCUGAGGCUAAUAGCAGAGACCAUUCCCAGGGAACCUCCCCGGACCACAGUGCCCACAAGGUCAGUAUCAUAUCCAGCAGCAGGCCUGAUUGGCCAGUUCAGGAGGCCAGGGGUCAAGCUGCGGUCAGGAGCCAAACUGAGGUUGGAUGCAAUGCUGAGGUCCAGCAUCAAGCUAAGGUUAGGAAUCACACAGAGGUCAGAGGCCCAGCAGCCCCCAUUACCUCUCCAACCAGGAAGCUGGAGGCACUGAGAGAAGAUGCAGACCUCCCUCAGGUCUUACCUUCAUGCAGAGAUUCAUCCUCCUCCCCAACCUUCAUCUCCAUCCAGUCAGCUACAAGGAAGCCUCUGGAAGCUGCCAGCCCCAAGGGCAGCCCCAGCAUCACAGCAAAAAACGAACACCUGGUCCAGAAAGAUGUCCAAGAUGUAGCCGGCAGGAAGGAGGUCACCCAGUCCUCUGAACAGUUGGAGUCUAUUCCUGCCUUGGCCAGCCCCCUGCCCACUGGGCAGCAGAAGAGUGUUCUGGAGCUACAGACUGGGCCUGGUGGCUCUCAGCACUUCGAAGCCAUGAGAACCGUGACCGAGCAGUAUGAGGAGAUGGACCAGUUUGGGAACACAGUCCUAGCAUCCUCCAGAACAGUCACUAAGCAGGCAGAGCCACCUAGGGGCACAGGCCCCCACCCUGGGCUCCUUGCCCCCUACUUUCUGCGGCAGUUCCUACACAGUCCCUAAAGGCUCAGCAGUAGCCUGGCAGACCCUAGGAUGGGGCCUUUGCUCUGCGGCCGCUCCCAGCCAGCUGCCCAGUGA